AUGCAGCGCGACGGGGAUGCGGCGGCGGCGGCGGCCGCGGCCUCGUACCGGGUGCUCAGCCGGCUGCUGGGCUAUGGCCCCGGGCCGGAGGCGGGCGCGGCGGGCGGUGCCGCCGCGCCGCCGCCCGCAGCCCCCGCGGGCACCGGGACCGGCCCCGGCGGCAGGAAGGGCUCGCUCAGGAUCCGCCUCAGCCGCCUCUUCCGCACCAAGAGCUGCAGCGGGGGCUCGGCCGCCGGGGAUGCCGCCGGCGCCGCCGCCACCUCGGCCGGGAGCCUCACCGACGUGUGCGGGGCCCGCGGACGGGAGCAGGAGACGGGCAGGAAACACAGACUGACAAGAACUCAAAGUGCCUUUUCCCCGGUUGUGUUCAGCCCCCUCUUCACAGGUGAGACGGUGUCACUGGUGGACGUGGACAUCUCCCAGCGAGGACUGAGCUCCCCCCACCCUCCGACUCCUCCCCCUCCCCCCCGGAGGAGCCUCAGCCUGCUCGAUGAUAUCAGUGGGACGCUGCCUCCAUCUGUCCUAGUGGGUCCAAUGGGCUCUUCCCUGCAGUCUUUCCCUCUGCCUCCGCCUCCUCCGCCCCACGCCCCAGACGCCUUUCCCAGGAUUGUCCCGGUGCGGCCUCCGGAGGGGGGGAUGGCCCAGCCCAUCCCACACCUGCAGUGUCCCCUCUCCCGACCCGAUUCCAGCAGCUUCGCCGCCAGCCUGAGGGAGCUGGAGAAGUGUGGGUGGUACUGGGGCCCCAUGAACUGGGAGGACGCCGAGAUGAAGCUGAAGGGGAAACCCGACGGGUCCUUCCUGGUGCGGGACAGCUCCGACCCCCGGUACAUCCUGAGCCUGAGCUUCAGGUCCCAGGGCAUCACCCACCACACCAGGAUGGAGCACUACAGAGGGACCUUCAGCCUGUGGUGCCACCCCAAGUUCGAGGACCGCUGCCAGUCGGUGGUGGAGUUCAUCAAGAGGGCCAUCAUGCACUCCAAAAACGGGAAGUUCCUCUACUUCCUGCGCUCCAGGGUCCCAGGUCUCCCUCCAACGCCCGUCCAGCUCCUGUAUCCCGUCUCCAGGUUCAGCAAUGUCAAAUCCCUUCAGCACCUUUGCCGCUUUCGGAUCCGGCAGCUGGUCCGGAUCGACCACAUUCCCGAGCUCCCGCUGCCCAAGCCCCUGAUCUCCUACAUCCGCAAGUUCUACUACUACGACCCUCAGGAGGAGGUUUACCUGUCCCUGAAGGAGGCCCAGCUCAUCUCCAGACAGACCCAGGAGCCGGAAUCCUCCACGUAGCGGAGCCGCCUCGCCCGUGCUCCCGGCACUGAUGGAAUUUGGUUGUUGCCAUCCCGCAGCCCGAGCCAGGCCGUGGUGGGAAGGAGCCCCCCACACUCCCCUGCUGCUGCUCCUGCUCUCCAGCCCUUUUGUACAGAGAAGAGGGGGCCGAGAUUCCCAAGAAAAGCCCAGCAGAGCAGGAAUCCAGAGCCUUGGUUCCUGGGAAAAGGCGCCUCGGAGGCGGCCGAGCCUCCCGGCGGAACACGGAAUGUCACGGCACUAUUUACAAAGUUUGGGGAAAGUUUUAUUUUUGAUGUAUUUCAGUUCUUGUUUUCGAAAAAGCAUGAGAAGUGACUGCGUGGUGACGACCCCGCCUUGGAAAACUGGGAGGUGGGGAGAGAGGUGGAGGGAGGAGGGGACACUCUCUGGGAAGAUCCGUCUGCUCCAAGGCGUCGUGGUGGGACUGUCCUUUGAUCCCCACGGAGAGGGGAGGAUGCAGCUUGGGGAGCUGCUGGAGGCAAACUGAGCCAGAAGGAUCGGCAGCUCCGUGGAAUAACCUCUGGGAGCAACCUUGGAGCUCUGGGUGGCUCAGCAGCUUCCCAGGAUCCGGGAGGAGGGAGCCAAACCCAGCCUUGGGAAGCUGAGCUUUGCAGCUGGAUUUGCAGGAUGGUCCCACGGGAGGUUGGACCUGAGGAAGGAGGAGUGUGUGAGCUGUUGGGAUGUCCUGGAUCCCGAGGGAAUGGCUGGUGCUGCUCCUCUGAGGAAGGGCCAUUCCCUGAGAAAACACUGGAAGAUCCCCCCUGAACCCCCCGGGAAGUGGAAGGAAGGUGGAGAAGCUGGAACUGUUGGAGCUGCCUGUGGACCAAAGGUACUUCCUGCAGAGCCAUGGGAUGUGCACUUCCAGCCCCUCUCUGGCUGAUUCCAGAAGCUGGGAAUGAAGUGGCUUCCUUUGGAGCUGCGAAGGAUCCCGAGGAGGAGCUACUGGGGGUGACUGGGAGCAAGGAGCAGCUCCCUGAGGGUUCUCUGGAACAGCAUCUGCCCUCUGGGAGCUCCCUUCCCUCCCUGGGACAUCCCUGGAUCCACAGCAAAGCCGGGAGAGGUGGUGGCUCUUGCACAAAUAACACACCCCCCCCCUUCAAAUCCUGGUCUGCUGCUUCAUCCCCUGCAGCCACUGAGCAGGAACUUCAUGGAUGUUGGAGUUCUGAGUGAUGCUGGGAAUUCUGGAGGAGCCUCUUCAUCCCUGUGUUUCAAGGAGCGAGUUCCCGCGCUCUAAAUCCAAGGAAUUGCUCCGUCCUGCAGGGCCUGUGGAUGGGGGUGGGUGCCCUGUGAGUGCCCUGUGAGCUGCCAGGACCUUGGGCUCUCCCUGCAGGAUGAUCCCUGUCCUUGAAUUCCACGAGGCCGCGUUGGAUUUUAAGGCAGCCCGGAAAAACCCCGCCGGCCCCCGAAGGUGCUACAGAUCCUGCCCUCCCUGUCCUGCCCGUCCCCUCCUGGAUCCUGGCAGGGCUCACGUGCUCUGGAAAGAAAGGAUUUGGCUUCCAAAUCCACAGAAAUACCUCAUGGGACGCUGCUCCACCCCGGCUGUGGGAGGGGAAGAGCUUCCCAAGAGCCAGGCUUGGGAAUGGAGGGUCCAGCUCCGUGCCCAGGCUUCUCCCCAGGAAGAGAGACCCUUGGAGCAGGAUCCAUGGCAUGGCUGGGGUGUGUGGAUCCGGGAGGGAUGGUGGGAUGCAGGGAACAGGGAAGCUGGAGAAGCUCAUGCUUCCCACAGUGUGUCAGUGACAACAUUCCCACUCCUUCCUUCCCUGUUCCCAGAUGGAAGAGGUGCAGGCUGGGUUUGGGAAGGGGGAAGGAGCCAACCUGGAGGGAGGGGUGGUGCUGGGUGGGCACUGGGAGGGGGUGCAGGGCUUGUUUUGGGGUGGAAAUGCACAACCGUGGUGGGUCAGGAGAGAUUUCCUGCAGUGCCCCAUCCCUGCAUCCCACCCCAUCCCUGCAUCCCACCCCAUCCCUGCAUCCCACCCCAUCCCUGCUUCCCACCCCAUCCCUGUGUCCCCCCAGAGCUCCUCCUGAGGGAGCAUGAGGUGGUUCCACACCUUCCAGAGCCGUUGGAGCAGCCGGACUUCGGGGCCAAUACUUGAAUUCCAUGUUUUCUGGUCGGCUGUUGAUGUCCCUGUGGGAUUCAUCCCAACAGCCCGAUGGUGCUCCUGCUGUUACUUGAACCCUGAGCGUGGUGGUGGAGGGGCAGCUCUUCCCAAAUUUGGGCCAGGAGGAAGGUUUUGGGUCUGAAAUGACGGAGGAGGCGUGCUGGGAGCUGUUGGAUAGGGAAUGGCGAGGGCUGGGAUAGGGAUGAGGCCCCUCCCAAGGAUCCAUGGAGGUGGCAGAUGCUCCUCAGCAUUCCCAGGGCUCUGCUCCACCUCUCCUUGCUCCGAGCCAGGCAGGAAAGCUGGAGCAGGUCAGUGUGGCUCUGGUGGUGCUGGCUGAGAUCCCAAGGUUAACUGUAGUUAACAGCCCUCUCCUGAAAUCCAUGGAAAACAAAGCUGUUCCUGCACAGGGAGGUGUGAGGGGAGCGAGGGAUUUGAUCCAUGUGGGGCUGGGAAUGAGCCAGAGGGUUUGAUCCAGGGCUGGAAGUGAGGGGGAACAGCUCCAAGGGGUGCCUGGGCCCUGCCUUCCCAUCAAUCCCAGUUUGGGGAAUGGCCCCCUGGGGCUGUGUUAUCCUGCCUGGAAUGGUUUUUUUUUGCAGCCUGGUUCUGGAGGCUGCUCCCAUCCUGCUGAUCCAGGG